GUUCGAGGUAAUAAACACACACACACACACAGUAGGGUAUUAAUAUCUUGUGGGGACAUCUAAUUGACAUAAUGCUUUACUUAGCCCCUAAUCCUAACCAUUGAAAAUGAAUGCCUAAACCUAACCAUAACCAAUUGUAACUCUGUGACUAAAACCACAUUCUGAGUCUCAAAAUUUCCUUCAAACUUGUGGGAACCAGGAUUUUGGUCCCCAAAAGGGCCGUUGGUCCCCACAAAUAUAGUAAACUUCCAAGUUUUGGUCCCCACAAAGAUAUGAAUACAUGCUUACACACACACACACACACACAGUGUUGUCACAGUGCUGUAUUAAAACUGAUAUUUUGAGUUUAUUUACUAGAUUCUUUGUCUUUGUAGUCUCCCACAGCGUCAGAUGUAAUGUUUAAUGUAAAUAGUAGGAUAAUGGGUAAUCUAAAGCUCAUGCCUAAUGGCCUUGAAAACAUGUGUCACAGUUGACCUUAUACUUCACGUUCUGUUUGUUUUUUUAAACCUGAGUUAAUGUGGGUUUAGCAUCAGGAGGCACAGGUUCAUUAAAGUUCACAAAAUCUCCUGAAUCUUUAACACAGACUCACCUACAACUACAAAUUUAAACCGUGUUCAUGGAGUAAGAAAAAAAGCUUAAAUGAGAAGAUUUUAGGCAACAGCUUGAUCAAACCCAGAGUUUUGCUGCACUGACCGGCAGGUCUGGAUAUGCAAGGUCCACAGAUUCUGCAGACAGAUAGACUCACAUGACUAAUGGCCUGCCACGCAGCCUGUUCCACCGCCUCAAUCUCUCUACCAGCAUCUGCAGCCUCCACAUACUUCCUGUUUUGGCGACUAAUUGUCAUUUUCCAAAACAUCGGUUUACUACUACUAAGAAAGUUUGCUGUUUAUCACCGAUGUGAUGACAGCUGAGGGUUUUGAAGAGGCGGGGAGACAGUUUGGUCUGUACUGAGUGACAUCCCAGCUAAAUGCUGGUGCCACAGACAACUUCAUAUCUCAUCUUAACUGUAGUUCCUGUAUCCUCCUCGUUGGUAUUUCCUUCUCAUUUGUCUGGUUCCCAGUAGCUGAAAGUAUGAGGAGAAAUAACUCAAAAAUUUUCAACUUCACAGAGAGACAGUGGGAUUCCUUAGACCAAACCUCUGUAGAACCUCUCCAGGACUGUGAUAUCAGAUGGGCUGUGAAGAGGCUCUUCUCGGGAAACCUGCAGCUGCCCAAGCUUUCCUGCAGACCCUCUGCUCAGGAUGGCCCUCCGCCCGUCGCCCCAUCGGGCCCUGCGACCUACAGGAUCAAACACUCGAGAAGUUAUGGGACUCUGACCAGCUGCAUGUCCAGAGGCCUUUUUGAUGUGGAGAAUGGAUUGUCUGUGGGACGCAGCCCCCUGGACCCUCAGGCCAGCCCUAACUCCGGUCUGGCCCGACCAACCAAUUUCCCUCACAGCCAGCGGAGGGAAUCUUUCCUCUACCGCUCUGACUCCGACUUCGACCUAUCACCCAAAGGUCCCUCCAGAAACUCCUCCACUGCCAGUGACCUGGAAGAAAGCUUGAAGCAUUGGGAAGUCAACUGGUUGUCAUCUCGACAUACAGAAGACAUGAUAGUCACACCGUUUGCACAGGUCCUCGCCAGCCUGAGGACAGUUCGAAGUAACUUCGCCGUCAUAACCGGCCAGCAAGAUCGCACGGCCAGCAAAACACGAUCUUCAGGCAGCAACCCACCAUCCAUGUGCAAGACCAGCCUCGCAGAGGAGCCUCAUCAGCAGCUGGCCAUAGAGACUCUAGAUGAGCUGGACUGGUGUCUGGAGCAACUAGAGACGCUGAAAACCCGACACUCUGUCAGUGAGAUGGCUUCCAACAAGUUCAAGAGGAUGCUGAACCGAGAGCUCAGCCAGCUGUCAGAAACCAGCCGUUCAGGGAACCAGGUGUCUGAAUUCAUCUCCAGCACCUUUCUGGAGAAACAACAUGACAUGGACAUCAUGUCUCCCCCGACCAAGGAGAAAGACAAGAAAAAGCGUCCUAUGUCCCAGAUCAGCGGUGUGAAGAAGGCCACCCACAGUCCCAGCCUCGCUCCUUCAACCAUUCCUCGAUUUGGGGUCAAUGCUAGCCAGGAAGGACUCCUAGCUAAGGAACUCGAGGAUAUAAAUCGAUGGGGUAUUGACAUCUUUAAGGUCUCUGAGUAUUCUGGGAAUCGCCCACUGACAGUCACCAUGUACACCAUUUUCCAGGAACGUGAUCUGCUAAAGUCCUUUAAGAUUCCAGUGGAUACUUUCAUUACCUUCAUGAUGACUUUGGAGGACCAUUAUCACGCUGAUGUGGCCUACCACAACAACAUCCAUGCUGCAGACGUGGUCCAAUCAACACACGUGCUGCUGUCCACACCUGCGCUGGAGGCUGUGUUUACUGAUCUGGAGAUCCUCGCUGCGCUGUUCGCCAGCGCCAUCCACGACGUGGAUCACCCCGGAGUUUCCAAUCAGUUUCUCAUCAACACCAACUCAGAGCUGGCCCUGAUGUACAAUGACUUGUCAGUGCUAGAGAAUCACCACCUGGCUGUAGGCUUUAAGCUUCUGCAGGAAGACAACUGUGAUAUUUUUCAGAAUCUCAACAAAAAGCAGCGUCAGUCGCUUCGCAAAAUGGUCAUCGACAUGGUGCUCGCCACAGAUAUGUCCAAACACAUGAACCUGUUAGCAGACCUGAAGACCAUGGUGGAGACUAAGAAAGUGACCAGCCUGGGAGUCCUGCUUUUAGACAACUAUUCAGAUCGCAUACAGGUUCUUCAGAACAUGGUACACUGUGCAGACCUGAGUAACCCGACCAAACCUCUCGAGCUGUACCGCCAGUGGACAGACCGCAUCAUGGUGGAGUUCUUCACACAGGGAGACAGAGAGAGAGAGAAAGGCAUGGAGAUCAGCCCCAUGUGCGACAAGCACAAUGCCUCAGUAGAAAAGAACCAGGUGGGUUUCAUCGACUACAUCGUUCAUCCUCUGUGGGAAACAUGGGCCGACCUGGUGCACCCUGAUGCGCAGGACAUCCUGGACACGCUGGAGGAUAACAGAGAGUGGUAUCAGAGCAUGAUCCCCCACAGCCCAUCACCUCACCCAGAGGGCCAGGAGGAGGAGGAGGAGGAGGAAGAUACCUUUGCAGGGGAAGCUUCGGCACACUGUCGGGGUAGCGGGUCUGCUUCUGCUGACAAGUUUCAGUUUAAGCUGACCUUAGAAGAAGAGGGGGAGUCUGACACAGAGAGUCCACCUGAGGAAGAGGAGGGCCAGAGCAGCAGCAGGAGGCAUGAAAUCUAUAGAUCCGAUUCGGCCUCUCCUGCAUCUCGAAGGCUUCCCAAAAUGCUUACAAGUGACUCGGGCAGGACGUUUUCUUUAGACUCGGAGAAAGAUAUGGCAGAAGAAAGAGAAACGGACGAAGGCGUCUCUGGAGUUCCACGCUUUCGAAUUGGCACAUAGCACCAGUCAAUAGUUUCGACUCUUUCGACUUUCUUUCGUUUAAUUAUUCUUCAUUUCAGUGCCUCGCCCUCUGUCACACCCCACCUUCCACUUCGAGCAAACGCCACCACCUCUGUUUUUCUGCAGAUGGGGUUUAAGAGCAGGACUCAAGGUGGGGAGUACGGGAGUGCGGGAGGCUGUGGGGGAGGACUGAGAAAGUCUGCAGUUUUACACAGCAGUCACUUGCACUGGAGAGAGACAGAUAGGCCCAGUCGCUGUUCCAGUAAGGACAGGAAAUCUGUGUCUCUCGCUCAGACAAAUUGUGGCUGAAGUUCCACAGAGACGAUAAGAAGUUAGAAAAAUACAUGCUUUUCUACCAGCUAGCCUAAAGUGCGCUACGACUAAAGACAGACCUGUCUUCCUCUAACGGAGUAUUUUUUGUGUGAAGGAAGCGAGGAAGUGAUGAAUGACCGCGAAAACACAACAAAGUCUUUUAAGACUUCUUGCCAAACUUGCAAAUGCUGGUUUGCCUGCCUUUUGUUUUAUUUUUGGUUUUUCAUUUUUAGUAAGUUUUUUUUAAAUUCAGUUGUCUGUUAUUUAGAUUCACACACAGUAAAUUGAAGCUACAGCUAACAGCAAACUUGAAAGAAGUGUAAGCAAAUUCAUAGCACAAAAAGAAGAGCUAUGAAGGAUUUUUUUUUGCAAGACACCUUAAAUGUAGCAGAUAUUUGAAGUGACUCUAUCACUGUGUUUGUAUACAUGCAGUAGCACUCCUUUCAGCUGGUGUUGCACAGCCGAUUUAAUUGUACUCGGCAGGCAAGUUGCUUUAAUGAUUAUAACGACUGAGCUGGCACCGCAUAUUAUUUUUCAUGUUUUCAGAUGUAUUAUUUUCCAUUUUUAAUAAUCUUUAUGAGAUAUAGUCAGCAACAAAACUGAGCCAGGGUCAGUGUAGCGUUAGGCGCUCUAGGAGUUCCAUCCAGAGCGAUGUGGGCUGUGCUUAUGGUGCCUCCCAGUGUCCACAUGUGGAACUGAAGUUCUGGUACUGCGGUAAAUGAUUUGCUAGUUUUUACAUUGAAAACAUAUUUAACUGUAGGACUACCCCCAAAAAUGUCGGUUAUUUUUCUGUUUUUGUUGCUUUUUUUGUUUGGAUUAUUUGUAUUUGACUUGAUGUUUGGCACCCAUUUUAUCAGUUUGCCUUCAAGUUUUAGCACUUUGCAGUUUUGUUCAUAGGUAGCCUUCGUUUUUGUCUGUUUUUAAGGGCUCGAGCCAAAACAUGAACUCAUUGGAGGCUUUUGACUGAGAAACAUUAGCUAGCACAGACAUCAUGCAAAAAGAAAAAAAAAACAUAAAAAGAAAAAAGAAAAAAACUCAGUGUCACAGUACAGUUACGAGUACAUUAAGCUAUUAGAGUUCCAUUAUACUUACUACACAGCAUCUACCUACUGAAAUAGUGUUUUUGGUAACAUCCACUAGCAUAGAUUACUGCACUAAUGAGGGCAGUGUCUUGAUGAGGUUGUAAUGACAGAUGUUAGCAUCGCUGUAACUGUAAAAACCCAGGAGGUUACAAAGAGCCAGUUCCCUGUGCCUGAAUCUCCCCUCUUUUUUUUCCCUCUCAUUGAUCAAUACUUUGCUCUCCACAGGGACACGCCGGUAGUCAAUGACAAAACAAGUGCCAAGCAAGCAUGACACAACCCGUACUGUAAUUUCCAUUUUGCCACUGGCUACUUUCCAUCAGUGACUGAUAAAGUUGGUUGAUUGUAGCACCCAGUGUGCCAAUCUGACCUCAGUGUCUCUGCUCCUUUUUCUCUCUCUCUCUCUUCAGUUGUUUCUCUGAACUCCUGUUCAAACCGUAACAGUAACUGAUAUUGUCUUAAAACAGUGACGUGUUUGUUGUCUGGGUGAAUGAGUUUUCUUUCGCAUUUUUUUCUUUUUCUUUUCUUUCUUUUUUUUUGAAGUAUUUGCUAAAAAGAAGAAAAAAACUCAAAGCACUUUGUACGGUUCUCUCACACUUCUGCACUUUUCUGUUGACGGACGGCCUGGUAGUUUAAUUGAAUUGGAUGAGCUGGACCAUUGACGCUCAGAAGGGCUGAAGUUCCUUGUCUUUUCUUUUCUUUUCUUUGGUCCUUUUUAUAAUGAACUAAUUGACUGUGCAAAAGAAGUGUUUUGUUGAGAUGCGUGACAUUAGCUGCUGGAUUCAAACACUAUGAAAGUAAUGCAGAGAACUUACCAAACUCAUCCUGUCGAGAAACUUUUUUAUUACCAUGAAACAGUGUAACUUAUGUUUUAAAUGUGUGACUGAGUUUUCUUUCUUCCUGUUUUUUUGUUUUUUUGAAGCCUUAUUUUUAACUUGGGAUUUUUUUCUGGUCACUGACAUGCUGGAGUAAAACAUGUGCAAUCCUUUCUGUAGCCGACGACUCAAUUCUCAAGGAUGCCUUCAACACUAAAGGACUAUUUAACAACAUUAUAACCAGCACAACAUGCAAAGAGUCAGUGUGUGUCUCUCUGCGUGUCACUAAUUCAUUGUGUUCUUUUUCCUCACAGUACUUUGUGUACAGUUUAUUUAUUGCUUCUGUAUUACCUGUCAGCAACGAUGUGACGGAGAAGUAGCUUUUUUUUUAGUCUAAGGUUUUAAUACUCACACGUAGUUUCAUGUGUGAGAAACUUUUCCUUUUCACUUCUAAUAUAACAUUAUACAUAAGCAAAUACUCACUUUCACUUUUCUCUUGGUGUAAAAAUUGCUGAGUGACAGAUUUCCGUCUGGGUUUUCUGGAUCACGUCCUAUCGCCUGUCUUCCUCUGUCAUCACUGAUCUGAUCGCAUCACGUGUUCAUAAAGGAUCUCGGAGUACGUGCGCUCAUCUGAAAGCUCUUUGACUCUUAGUGAAGAUGUCACGUUGUCGAACAGUCUCAACAGCCAACCAAGACCAGUAUUUCUGUGCGUGGAGAUUUUUAGGAAUGUGUGUCAUAAACUGAAACUCUGCAGCUUUGACAAUCCAACUCUGCUGUUUAACUGUGGGUGCGUUAGCCCUCUGUCCAACUAGAACUGUAUGCCUUGCCAAUAAAGGAAAAGCUCUUCACUCUG